UACUUUGGUAAAAAUUACUAAAUAUCGUCGAGCAUGAUUUCUAUUUUUUUGCCCGCCCUCGGUUUUUCUUUACCGGUCCUAGUCCGCUCUCCGCCGGUGUACAGAUCUUGCAAUUCGCUGAAAUCCAAUUAAAAAUAGUUGAGUCCAAUUAAACUUUGUCAUUGUUAUCGUGUGCGAAGUGUGAUCAGACUACAGAGUGACAAGAGUGUUUGCCAAUUUGUGACCACUGACUACACUCGAGUCACUCUUACUCAACUUAUUAUAGUUUCGAUUGUGAUAGUAGGAGACGUGACUUCGUAAAUACAUAAUUGGACCGUGGACAGCGCAUCAACAACUGACAUUUAAGUCGUGUUUCGUCCGUCAAUUUUUUUUUUCAUUUAUCCAAAUUCAUUUUUUAUUUACUUUUCAUUUUCUUCUUCAAUGUUCAUCAUCUAUUAUUAUUCCGUCGUCAUCCACUGUUUAAAAAAUUGAAAUUGUAUUAAUUUUAAAAGUUUUUAAAAACUGGGUUGAACAGUUCAUUACACCCACAAAAAAAUGGAUGAAUUAGAUUCAGUUUUACUCAACCUAAAAGCUUGUCUACUAUCUACCAAAGGUGGAAUACCAUUAAGUCAAAUAGAAAAUGAAUAUUUUAAAUUAAAUGGCGAACGAAUUCCAUUCAGGCAGUUAGGAUUUCCAUCAUUAGAAGCUCUAUUACAAUCCUCUGGAAAGUUUGAUAUUCAAAAUUAUGGAGGCAAUACUAUUGUAAAAGCGUUAAGUACUAGUAAAACACAACAUUUGACUGAGCUUAUCAAGAAACAGAAAUCAAAACCACCAAAAAAAAAACCAUUUACAGGGUAUAGAAAUGCUCCAAGAAAAUUUGUUACUUCAAAUACUUAUAACAAACCUAACAAUUUUUCUAGACAAGGAAAUAAUGGAUUUAAUAAUGGACCGUCAAAAAACAACUAUCAAGGUACUUCUAUUCCUAACAACACCAACAGUUAUAAUAAAACACAGUCAUCAUAUAGUGAUAACAGAAAUAUUAGAUUCAAUACCUAUGAGUCAAAAACAUUUGAUCAUAAUAGUUACAAAAAGUCUCAGUUUUCUAUAAGCAACUUUAAUAAUAGUACUAAAAACUAUAAUGGAAACCUUCAAUUAAAUUCUGAUGUACAUUUGCCUGAAACUAAACCUUUGAAUAAUCUAUCCAAUGAUAGCAGGAGAAAUGGUGUUAAAUCAGUUCCUAAUUCAAAUGAUACAAAGUCGUUGAAUGAAAACAGAUCAGAACAAAUUCCGCUUACUAGCAGUUGCAGUAGCUUAGAAUCAACAUACAGUUCUAGUUCUGCUAGUUAUAAACCUAUGCAUACAUCACCUGACAAAUUCCAAAUUGGAGAUACAAUCAAUACAAAUACCGAAGAAAAAAUUCCAAGAAAUAGUAUACAGGAAAAUAAUGAAUACAAUAUGAAAUCAUCAAAGCAACUUAAAACAAUACCAAAGUUUUCACCAAUACAAAACAUGCCGCCUAUGAAAAUAUCAACUGCUCAAAGUAGACUUGCUAAGUAUCCUAAAAAAUGUGAAGAACAAAUUAAAGUUGAUGAAAAUAAAACAACAGAAAAACUAUGUGCUGCAACUACAAAUUUGAAAAUUGAAGUUGAAGAUCCUACACUUGAGGCGUUUGAAGAAGAUAAGGACUACAUUAAUGAAUUAGAAACAUAUUUAAAAAAUUUAAACUUAUCAGAACCAUAUUAUGAGUAUAUGGUAAAAAAAGAAAAAUCUGGGAAACUAAUUAAAUUAACACACAUUUGUACAAUUAAGGUAAAUGAAAAAAGCGUUGGUAGUUCUUUCCCAGUUGAUUGUAGUUCAGAUGAAUAUGCGCAAAAGGUCGCUGCAAAACGGGCUCUAACUGCCUUAAAAAAACAAUAUGGUGAAAGUGUUAUUUAUCCAAUUACUAAUGAUAUUAAUACAAUGGCAUCUUGCGUUAGAACGCUUUUAAAACAAGGAUAUGAAACAACUGGUAUUAUGAGUGAUGUUUUAGAACGCAUGUAUAGAGAAGAAUUUCGUGAAAACUUACCGGAGAAUUGGGAUCAGCUUUUGGGAGUUUUUAGUUACUUCAUAUUUGAUAAGCUAGCAGCUAAUAAAGUCGUUAUAUAUCUUAACGAUACUGAAAGUAAUCAACAAAAUGGUCAUGAGCAUACAAAUGAAGAUGUUGCCGAUGAACAAAGCUUUGUCCCAGGUACUCCAUUAUUAUUUGAAGACUACGUCGAAAAAUCUAUUCUUGUCUCUGCUAACUAUGGUGCGACUAGUAUUUGGAUACGUCUAGUUGGACAGAGUGCAGAUGAAAAUUUCAUUCAAAUGCAAGCAAAAUUCAAUGACACAAUGAUGAACACAGAAAAAUUAAGUAUCCCUGAUCAAGUGAUUGAAGGUGAAUUUUAUGCUGUGCUAUACAAUUCAUCUUGGCAUAGAGUGCAACUUACUUCUACUAACGAUGAUGGUACAGCUACAUGUUUUAUGAUAGACACAGGCGAGCAAUUGAACAUUGUCAAAGAUCAGAUUUGUAACCUAGAACCAAUCUUCAUGAAACCUAAAACACAGGCAAUUGAAUGUAUUUUGAAUCAGUUUGAUAAUUUUGGUUCAUUUGAUGGUUUAAAAGAAUUAUUGGAUGAAAUGAUUUUGAAUAAAACCUUUUUCCUUGUGCCUGAUUCAAUUGGAAAUUAUCCAAGAGUAACUUUGUAUGAAAAAGGAGGAAUAAAUGUGAAUGAUAUGAUCAUUCAAAGAUUUUUAGAAAAAACUUCUACCAAGCUGCCAUUAUUUGAGGAUCAAGCAAUUGUAGAUGGAAUUGUAUCAUCUAUUGUUGAAUCGGGCCAUUUAUAUUUACAACUAAACAUUGACGUUGUUGCAUCGCUAGAAGAAAUCUUGUCAAAUGAUGAAUACUUUGACCCAGAAUAUAUGUUGAAGAGCAAAGAAGAAGUUAUAAAAGACAAAAUUUAUAUAACUAAGUAUGAUGAUACAUGGAGUCGUGUUAAAGUUGUUGAUAUAAUCAAUGACUCAGAAGUCAAGAUAAUGUAUAUAGACUACGGUAAUAUGUCACAGUGUGAAAUUACUAAAUUAGCAAAUUUGGAAUUGUUUGAUCCAUUGUUGACUAAGAUUGCUCCUCAGGCUAUUAAAGUUUCGAUGAACUUUUUACCUCCAAAUACUAUGACUCCAGAUAUUGCCCAAAAGAUAUUUUCAAUUAUUGGAAGUAAUACGGUUUUAGUUAAUACAGUUAAUGCGCCCAACGAUGAUGUGCCAUGCGUUCAACUCUACAAAACCGAACCGGAUUCUCCUAAUACCCCAUACUGCAUUAACAUACCGCUAUUUCAAAGCUUAAAGAAACAAUAAAUUACCACUACAUAAAGGACAUUUAAUAAAUUGUUAUAUUUAAAUCUAAAUGUGUUAGUUUGAUCUGAUGUUGUUACAUUAGUUUUAUACAAGUGUUGUUAUGAGAAAAUACUCAUCAUUUUUUUAUUAUUAUUUUUAUUAUUAUAAUUUUUUUUAAAGUGUAAAGUCAUGUUAAGAGACGGUUGAAAAAUUUAAAACAAAAUGUAAUAUUUGUUUAAUUUGUAUGUACACUUAGUAUUUGUUUAUGUCAAUUGAAUGUACUGAAUGGUCUUCAAAUAUGCAAUGUUUUAACCAGAUUAAAAUAAUAUGUAUUAUGUUAAAAACCAAUACUAUAACUUUGAUUCAAUUUUUUUAUAUUUUUUAAAUUAAGACAUACAUAAUUAAAAUAGACUAAUAUUUAUUUCUAUAUUUAUUGCUGUUAUAUUAUAAUUUAAUGAGUCACCUGGCAAACUGACUUCUGAGAGAUUAUGAUUAAACAACUUCUAAAUUUUAAAUUUGAUUAGUGACUAUAAGUCCUUAAAUACUUAAGUAUUGUCAUGCUAAAUAAUAAAUGUAUAAUAUAAAUAAAAUUGGAGUCACUUUCCUUAAAUUAAUUUGACUUAUAACAGCAUUGUUUUUUAGAUCCAAUUUUUUUAUCAAAUAAAUGAAAAUUUUUUAUACAACAA